AUGGAUCUUCCAAAACCAAAGGCCGCUGCUGCUGCGGAGAGAUUGAGGACAUCAGCGCCCCUGAAGAAGAACGAGGUCAAUGGUGCCACAUUGGUUCAAGCUUCCGCUAGGGUAGAUGCUCGAAAGCUUAUUAAUGGCUCUACUCUGCCUGACAUUUUAUCUGCAACGGAGGCUCCGAAGCGCGAUACCAGGAUAAGUGCGAUAAAAAAUAUCGCUCAACUGAAGAAACCUGCUCGCAAGGGGCCUGCCAUUAAAUAUGCUGGAGGCAGUAUCAGCAGAGUACUUGUCACUGAUGAUUCCACUGGCGAAUCGGAUCAUAGCGGAAAACUUAGAGCGGUGGAGAAACGGCUACAGGAUCAAAGGAGUUAUACCAAGAAUCAGGCGGAGAAGGCUGCCAAGCUACAAGUCAGGCUUCAAGAGUCAGAAAAAGAGAAAGCGGCUUUGCAGGAAAAGUUGAAAGCCUUAUUAGCAAUAGGAAACCAUGGGCCCAACGAAAAGCCUGCUCCCGGAAACGAGAACCCGGAACCCGGAGCCACUACCGAACCUUUCUCUAUUCAUGGAUCACCGCAACAGGAGCCCCCUAAGAAAAAAGCACUCAAGCGCUUGGUACGAUGGGAAGAGACACACUCUGACAAGAGCGCCCCUCAGGAAGACACCCAAACCAAGCCCGGCGCGGGGGACAGCAAACUAGAUACUGGCAAGAGAACCUUCCGGUAUGGCUCCAUGCGCGACUUUUAUUCCGGCAGCAAUUUUUGUGGGGAAGACCCUUGGGCCUAUCCAACGAUUGCGGAGCAACCAGAGCCAGAGCCAAGCGCCUUUCGCAAACGCGGAUGGCGCAAAUCCGUUUACAGACCCUUUGAUCGAAACAGAUUGAUGAAAGUGCACCUCCACAGUCUAACCUCUCACAAUCGGCCUCCAUUAACAGUGACGGUUGAGGAGAGCCCGCCCGAUGAAGAUGAUGAGUCUGCAAGUGUUUCGAACACUCCUACCGGUAACAAGACCGGCAAGCCGGAGAACGAACAUGGCUCGACCGGUGUGCCACGCGUAAUCAGUUUUGACGAAUUCAUGGGGCUCCCGGAAAACAUGGUCCCUACUGUGAAGGAUGGCUGUCUGGGGUUUCGGUCUGGGGCUAUUGUGAGUUUCGACUACACUUCUGUGCCAUGGGAUAUUGUCUGA